AUGACGACUUCGACUUUCAGCAAAAUCGACGAGUACGGUUUCAUGCGUCCUGAUGAUUUCGAUUACGUCGAAUAUGAAAAGUUCAUGUCCGUUUACCUAAAUUUACUCACUAAUUAUUCAAUGAAGUGGGUACGCCUUAUGUCGAACAAUUCACAGCUGAAGAGAAACGCCAAACUUAAAAAGUUUGUACGCACUGGGAUACCAUUGGUACUUAGGGCACGGGCGUGGACUUCUGUCAGUGGCGUGCAAAAGUUAAAGGACAAGUAUGGACCAGAUAUGUAUAAACAAAUGCUAAGGAAACCAAUUAAUGAGGACAUCAGGAAUAUAAUCACGGUCGAUGUUCCACGAACAUAUCCAGACAACAUUUUUUUUCAUCCAAAUUCUGAAAAUCAAAAAACAUUGUUUAGGAUACUAUGUGCAUUUGCAGCAUGUAAUCCAGAAGUAGGAUACUGUCAGGGUUUGAAUUACAUAGCUGGUUUAUUGUUAUUAGUUACUAAAAAUGAAGAAUCAUGUUUUUGGUUACUGAGAGUAUUGGUGGAGAAUAUACUACCAGACUAUUAUUCUAAGACAAUGGAUGGUGUCAUUGUUGAUAUUGAAGUUUUUUCACGCCUAGUAAAGAAAAAAUAUCCUGAAGUAUCUCAGCAUAUGACCGAUUUAGACAUGCCAUGGGCGCUAGUUGCUACUAAAUGGUUUAUUUGCCUUUUUUCCGAGGUUCUACCAAUUGAGACAACUUUGAGAGUUUGGGAUUGCUUAUUUUAUGAAGGAUCUAAAGUUAUAUUCAGAGUUGGUUUAAUGUUGGUGAAACACUAUAAAAAAGAAUUGUUGGAGUGCGAAGAUAUUGCAUCAUUGGCAGAAUGUUUCAAGUCGAUUGUUCAACGGCCGUUUCCUCUAAACUGUCAUAUAUUCAUUAAACAAAUGUUUACAGAAAUUGGAUCCUUACCUAUGUCAUUGAUUAAUGAUCUACGCAGACAAGUAUCUGCUGAACGUGAAUCUGAUAAAUCAAUCUAUAAAAAUAGGAAAGGCUGA